ACACUUCCCCGGUUCGACUACAACGCCCCCUCCUCUCUCCUUCAUGGCUCCCAUUCGGGCUUUCUUAUCACUUGUACUAUCAAACGGGAGAAAAGCGCUACCAAGGAAGCAAUCUCUAUACUCCACAAGUUUGCCAGGCCCUUCAGCAAGGGUUCUUAUAACAGUUUGAACAACCUUGAAGAUGAUAAUGCUUCUAAGAAAAGAAGGGUAUGCACAGAAGAUGAUGCUGAGGAGUGUUUGGACAACAAGGAAAAGGAAACAGCCUCUGCCACUGCUAACUCUGGAGAUGGUAAGCUUUUAAGCGGGAGCGGUAAUAGAGCAGAGACAGACGCCGAAGGAGUUCCUGGUCUUUCCCUGGUUAAGCUUACAAGGAGUGGUUUGCUUCUCUUUACAUUUCCGGAGGACGCAUUGCCGGACACUGUUGAUAUUGUGUCAAAUAUCAUUCAAGCUUAUGAAUCAGGGAGUGUUAAAUCACCAGCCUGGUGCCAUCACAUUUUCCCAAUCCAGGCUACCUGUGGUUUAAAUGAGAAAGAGCUGCAAGAAGUAGUAUCAAUGCUAGUUAAAAAGUUUGUGGAUGAUAAACAGAACAUACUUGAACGACCUGUAAAGUUUGCUGUUGGGUACAACCGAAGAGGAAUUGAAGAAAUGAAGUCUGUGAAAGAAAAAUCAAAGGAUUCCAAUGCAUUCAGUUUGCUAGACCGCAAUAAGUGCUUUGGCAUAGUGGCUUCUGCAGUCAAUGAUGUGGUGGGAGAUUCAGUAGUUGACCUCAGGACUCCAGAGCUGUGUGUUCUUGUCGAAGUGCUCCCCAUUUCCGGAGUUCCAAAUGGGUCGAUAGUGGUUGCUGUCUCUGUCCUCCCUAGGAACCUUGUUAGUACGAAGCCUCGGCUCUGCGUCAGGGCCUUGAAUUCAAAUACAAAGGAAGGGUCUAUGGCUGAAUGAGAAGUGCCGGUGAUUCUUUCAGAUGGCUUAUGCUGGAAUACAUGGCGCAUCCCUUAUGACUCUUUGAUACAACAAAAAGUAGCCCCUCUCAAACUCGGCUGAAGGUACGAGCAAUAGCCUAACAAAUUAUUCUGACUCUGUUAACAAGUAGAACCUGCUGUCAAUUUUGCACCCAUUUAUAAUGUGGCUAUUAUGUCAAUUGAAUGUGUUUUUCGAAAACAAAACUGAAAUACAAUGGAACCCUAUUGUCUUGUGAUACAUGAGUGGGUUUAUAUGUUGUACUUCACCAAUUUCAAUAUCUUAUGGUAUAUUGAUGAAACCAAAAAUAGUUUGCAUCUGAUAUAGAAUUUUCUGAUAUGCAUGAUGUAUAGUCAAUUUAGUAGUCCAGGUGUAAUUAAACCAUGUUAGAAAGCUUAUUUCUUACAAGCUGAGGUCCAUAAAUUUGACAAUUAAUGUGGUAAUAA